AUGGAUGUUAAAAAUGAAUUUCUACAUGGUGAUUUGCAGGAGAAUGUAUACAUGACUAUGCCUCAAGGAUCCACUGGAAUAGGUUCCAGAAUUCAUGUUCACAAAGAAGGAGAAGAGUAUCCAAAACCCACAUCUGGUAAGGUGUGUAAGCUGAGAAAGUCUCUAUAUGGUCUCAAACAAGCCCCUAGACAAUGGUUUGCAAAGCUCAGCACUGCACUCAAGAACAACCAUUUCCCUCAAUCUAAAGCUGACUAUUCUCUGUUCACCAAGCAAGAAGGUGUGAACUUCACAGCCAUCCUUGUGUAUGUUGAUGAUUUGGUCAUCACUGGAAACAACAUGGUUUCCAUAUCUGCAGCUAAAACAUUCCUCUCCUCUCAGUUUCACAUGAAAGACCUAGGUGAAUUGAGAUAUUUUCUAGGUUUGGAAGUUGACAGACCCAAAGAAGGCAUAUUUCUCUCCCAGAAGAAAUACACUCUUGACUUGCUAGCUGAAUAUGGCCUCACAGGCUGCAAACCUUUGAAACUCCCCAUGGAUAGUCACCUAAAACUUACUCCUGACUCAGGAGAUGUUCUUGAGAACCCUGAACAAUUUCAAAAGCUGGUGGGAAAACUGAUUUACCUCACUAUUACAAGACCUGACAUCUCCUUCACUGUCCACAUUCUCAGCAAAUUCAUGCACAAACCUACCACAGUGCACCUUCAAGCUGCCAAGAGGGUGCUAAGAUACCUUGCUGGAUCAACUGAUCAAGGCAUCUUGCUUGCUAACACAUCAGCAGCCAAACUGACUGCUUACUGUGACAGUGACUGGGCAGGUUGUCCAUCAACUAGAAGGUCUACUUCUGGAUUUUGCAUCCUACUUGGCAACUCUCCAAUCUCCUGGAAAUCAAAGAGACAGUCUGUGGUUGCCAGGUCAUCUGCAGAGGCAGAAUAUAGGUCAAUGGCCUAA